AAGACCAAUAUGGUUCUCAUGGCUUUGAUGCGUUUUGCUGCUUUGACCCUCUUUCUCUUUGCCUUAGCAACUGUGCCUCAUCAAGCACACACUUUAAAUCGUGACUCCUUUGGCAGAAAACAUGUUGAUGCUUACCCUCCACCAGUGGUUGAUGGUAUAUGCGCCUCUUCUGUCAUUGUUUAUGGAUACAAAUGCCAAGAACUUGAGGUUACAACCAAAGAUGGGUACAUUCUGAGCCUGCAAAGGAUUCAAGAAGGUCGAGUUGAAGUUAGUGGAAGUGGGACUAAGAAGCAGCCAGUGAUAAUACAGCACGGAGUACUAGUGGAUGGUAUGACAUGGCUUCUGAACCCUCCAGCACAAGACCUGCCAUUGAUUCUAGCUGAUAAUGGCUUCGACGUGUGGAUUGUUAACACUAGAGGAACCAGAUAUAGCCGCCGACAUACCUCAUUGGACCCCUCUAACCCGGCUUUUUGGAAUUGGUCUUUUGAUGAACUGGUUACAUAUGAUCUACCUGCUGUGUUUGAUUAUGUGUUCAGCCAAACUGGGCAGAAGAUUAAUUACGUUGGCCAUUCUUUGGGAACUUUAAUAGCUUUGGCUUCCUUCUCCGAAAGGAAAUUGGUUAACCAGCUGAAAUCAGCAGCAUUGUUGAGCCCCAUUGCCUAUUUGAGCCACAUGAACACCGCACUUGGAGUGGUUGCAGCCAAGUCCUUUCUUGGGGAGAUCACUACCUUAUUUGGUCUGGCAGAAUUUAAUCCCAGAGAGUUACCUGUUCAUGCCUUUCUCAAAACUCUUUGCGCUCAACCUGGAAUAGGCUGCUAUGACUUGCUUACUGCACUAACUGGUAAAAAUUGCUGCCUCAAUUCGUCAACUGUUGAUCUAUUCUUGAUGAAUGAACCUCAGUCAACAUCAACAAAGAACUUGGUGCACUUGGCUCAGAUUGUUAGACGUGGGGUUGUGGCGAAAUUCAAUUAUGUGAGACCAGAUUAUAAUAUUGUGCAUUAUGGAGAAUUAAUCCCUCCAAUUUAUAACCUUUCCAAUAUUCCCCAUGACCUUCCUCUUUUCAUUAGCUACGGUGGCCUAGAUGCACUUUCUGAUGUUCGUGACGUUCAGAAUUUGCUUGAUAUACUUAAGUUCCAUGAUGUGGAUAAGCUAAGUGUCCAAUUCAUCAAGGACUAUGCUCAUGCUGACUACAUUAUGGGGUACAACGCCAAGGACAUAGUGUAUAAUGCUGUUGUUUCAUUUUUUAAUCGUCAAUUUAACACUUGA